AUUCACUCUCUCCCCCCACAAUAGACCCAUCAAACCGUUGAACAUCGUGGGUCGCCCUUCCAAAUUGAUCCCGAUGUUUCAGAAUUGGCAUCCCGAACCUGCGGAAAGUGAAUGUUGCCAAGCCGAAACCACGGAACCCGCUGGAUCUGGCCCAACACGGUAAUUCGCCUCUGGUGAUUAAUGUCAUUCCGAGCAAUUACCGGCUUAACGCCGGUCAACUCCCGACCGCUGGGAUUGCCGGGACAUCUCUUCAAUAAUCGUCGUCAUCAACAUCGAGCCGCUUCCGAGGUGGAUAUUGCCCGAUUAGGUAGCCGACUGGAGCUUCCGAGAUAUUGGCCACUACCAAAAGCAUGACGGAGGCUGGUCAACUGUGAAGUCGACAGCGCUGGCUAUAUUUAUAGACAUUUCUCACUACACUCUUCAGAAGUGUGUGAAGAGCAAAGCCUCACAAAAUCCCACGAUGUCCUCCCCAAUCAAAACGGUCGGCGUGAUCGGCGCAGGCGUGAUCGGAGCCAGCUGGACAGCACUCUUCCUUGCCAAGGGCCUCCAAGUGAUUGUAACAGACCCAGCGCCAGGAGCUGGGGCAAAGCUGCGUGGUUACUUGCAGGAUUAUUGCUCCGCAGUACCUAAUGCUAUGGUUGCUCCUGCCGCUUGUCUGAAGAACUACACAUUCGUCAAGGACAUUGAGCCUUACCUCGGAAGCCUAGACAUGAUUCAAGAAAAUGGGCCAGAAAGAUUAGACUUCAAACGCCGUCUAUUCGCGCACUUGGACGCAAAGACCCCUUCCCAUAUCCUCAUCGCAUCCUCCUCCUCCGGCCUUCCGUCGUCAAAAUUUGUCACUGAAUGCACAAAUAACCCAUCUCGAAUCCUCAUCGGUCACCCUUUCAACCCUCCUCACUUAGUACCUCUGGUCGAGGUCGUGCCUCAUCCAGGAACAAGCCAAGACUAUGUGGCAGCUGCAUAUAAAUUCUACAAGGGUCUGGACAAGGAUCCAGUGGUUGUGAAUCAAGAAACGCCCGGUUUUAUUGCCAAUCGGUUACAAGCCGCAAUGUGUGCCGAGGCAUACAGCCUCGUUUCACGAGGGAUUGUCUCUGCAGAAGAUCUGGACAAAACUGUCACUUCCGGCCUCGGCCUGCGGUGGGCGCUGACAGGGCCAAUUAUGACGAAUACCCUCGGCGGCGGGGGAGACUUCACCCAUUUUAUGGAUCAUUUGGGCCCGGCGUUGAAGUCGUGGGUCGACGAUAUGGAACAGAAUAAAUUUGACUUGGGAUCCGAGGAGCAAGUUGAUGGCUUGAAGAAGAACGUCAAUGGGUGGACAUCGCAAGUCGACCUGAAGAAGGUUGAGGGGGAUCGUGAUGUGCUGUUGGCUGAUUUGGUUAAGCGUAAACUGGACCAAACGGAGAAUCAAUAGGAUGACAGCUAUGGUCUUUACAGAAAUUAUUGCAUUGAAAUAAUCACUUAAUAUCUGUUGCCGCAAUACCACGGUAACUCUUACGGACAUUACAAGCACUUUACAUCACAACAAGCAGGGCACUCUGAGUUUUAAACCUCGCAUUUCAGUCAGUGCUACGCAUGUCAGAAUUACUUUUUACUUCAAUGAUCAAGGCUGAGGUGAAACUGAAGUGAGUACAAGAUGAAGUUUGACGUCCGAGAAUUGUUGAGUACUUAUAAUGUCGAUAAAUAAUAUACAAUCACGUCUACAAGCCUCACACUGUUAAAUAAAUAUAUUGUUUCCUGAAGACUUGCGCACUUGUGUGAAUUUAUCAAAUUGUUUGAACCCAAGAAACACCAUGCCAUUGUCGCAAAUUUUUGUUCCAAUGUUCUUCCUCGCCUAAGCGUGGACUACUUUCAAAGAAAAUAAAUUCGC